GAUUUGGCUGUUUCGGGGGUCCUGGUGUUGUGCGAGCUGUCUCACUGGGACACUGUAAGAGAAGAGAGCUGGUGUUAAUGUAUAUUUCACCCCCAUCCUCCGUUUGAGUGUCAGCAUGUACUCUACUUCCUGCUAAAAAUCCCACAAUGCAUCGUGUCACGUUUUAUCAGGCGAGGAGUUGUCCUUGCACCUCAGCAUUCAGUCCGAUUUUGAUUCAGAGGAUUGCGAUGCGACUGUGAAACAAUCAUCGCUGCAGCUUUUGAUUUCUAUAUACAGUUUAUUUUUUCUCAAUGUGUGACUGUUUGCUACUUUUAAAACACAGCCUAUUUAUAAUGAUCCACAGUUAAAAUAAACAGAUAUAAUUACUUACAUCAGCUUUGCUCAAGUUCAGCCAUUCUCACCAGAACUCAAGCAGCCUAAUGUACCCUAACUUAUUGACUUUUCUGCAUCCAGACAUAAUUUUUCAAGAGAGAUGCAGAUAAGGGUAGAUUUUUUUUCCCCUCACUCGGAGAUUCCAUAGUUGCAAAAAUUACAGAUGUGUGAAUCUACACCUGUUAGUGAUGGCACAAAAUGACAGUGUUUCAUGAAAUCUCAAUUUAUUGCUACCUACUGAGUAAACUGUUGAGUCUCUUAUAUGUGAGUGAGUGAGUGAGUAACAGAGUGAUUUUGCAUGCAGUAUUAUUUGUCAGAUGGUAUGUUAUUUUUUGGACUUCUUAAAGCCUCUGCACACCUGUGUUUGACUCACACAGGUGUUUCCACUCAUUGUGCUCAAUCAGAUUUCUUAGAAUUGUUUGGGUGUGUAUCCAGCAUGUGUUUGUGUGUAUGUGUGUGUGUCAGACCUUUAAGAUGUACACUAACUCUUCAGCACAUCCAUGCUUGUAAGUUUUGACUGUGCAAAUAGAAAGUCUAAUCGUUGCCAAGAACCCAUGAAACAGCGGUUCAGGUGGAGGGAAAUCGAUGAACAGCAUCCUGUAGCCUCUUUAAAAACUUCAGCUCGGGCUGUGCAUCAGCAGGGCAUCCGCAUCUGUUCUGAACCUGAACUGCAGCUUGGUCUUGUUGCCCAUGUGUCGCUCCCUGCUCACCUUCAUCCGAGGAACACACACGGUAUCAAGCAGAAAGACUCGCAGACUGCUAGACAAGAGCAAGACCUUUCAUGUGGCCUGUGGAGUUGCCAUCUGCAUCUUCUCUGUUGUGCAUGUGUCUGCCCACCUGGUGAAUGUCGUCAACUUCAGUGUAAGCUACUCAGACGACUUUCCUGCUCUCAAUAUGGCUCACUACAGAGGAGAGGACCCCAAGCUGAUCAUUUUGACCACAAUCCCAGGAGUCACAGGCAUGCUGUUGGUUCUCAUCCUCUUCCUGAUGUUCACGUCCUCCUCCUACUGUGUACGGGUGUCCAACUAUGAGAUUUUCUGGUACACACACAACCUCUUCAUCGUCUUCUACGUCAUCCUCAUGGUGCACAUGGUCGGAGGCGUUCUGAAGUAUCAGACCAACAUAGACGCACACACUCCUGGCUGCCUGAGAGCCAAUCAGAGCGGCCCGGAGCAGCAGGGCGAGAAGCUGGAGCAGGCUGAGAAUGAAGAGAUGAGAUGCAGAGAGGAGGCUCAUUUCCAGCCACACUGGCCCCAGACAUGGCUGUGGGUGUCCGGUCCUCUCUGUCUUUACUGUGCCGAGCGUUUCUACCGCUUCAUCCGGAGCUGUGACCCUGUUACCAUUGUGACGGUCAUCAGGCACCCCUGUGAUGUGAUCGAGUUGCGCAUGCUGAAGAAGAACUUCAGAGCUCGUCCUGGACAGUAUAUUGUUCUUAACUGUCCAGGUGUCUCUUCAUUCGAGAACCAUCCGUUCACGUUAACAACAUGUCCGACAGAGAACAAGGAAACUUUUGGCAUCCAUCUCCGAGUCGUGGGAGACUGGACUGAGCGCUUCGCACGGCUGUUACUUCCUGAAACAAGGACAGACUUGGAGAUCCUUCCCAUGGUGCAGCAGAGAAGAUACCCCAAGCUUUACGUGGAUGGUCCCUUUGGAAGUCCGUCAGAGGAGGUGUUUAACUACGACGUCAGUCUUUGUGUUGCAGGUGGAAUUGGAGUCACGCCGUUUGCCUGCGUGCUGCAUGCUCUGCUUGACGGCUGGACAGGUUUCAAGUUGCAGAGGUUGUAUUUUGUGUGGGUCUGCAGAGAACUCCAAUCCUUUUACUGGUUUGCAGAGCUGCUGUGUGCUGUGCAUCACAAGCUUUGGCAAGAAAACAGACCGGACUACUUUAACCUGAAACUGUAUGUUAGUCAGACAGACAACCUGCAGAGCAUGUCUGAGGAGAAGUACCGCCCACUCACCACGAGGCUGCUGGUUGGUCGACCCAGGUGGAAGUUACUGUUUGAUGAGAUUGGGAUGUCCAAUAAGCAUAAGCGAGUGGGAGUUUUCUGCUGUGGACCAAAGGGCAUCUCCAGGACUCUCCACAGACUGUGUAACUCAGCGCGAGCCUCUGGAACAACCUUUGAAUUCAACAAGGAGUCCUUCAGCUGAUCGAGCGUCAGACCUGCCUCUACACUUGAAACCGCUCGAAACCGUAACUUUGAGUUGGAUGUUUUUUUCUGGAUUCGAAGUAUAUUUUUGAAUAUCUUUGGCUGAUUUUGGUUGCUUGAAAUUUUAUACACUUCUAUGAAUUUGUAAGCCAACAAGUGAAACAGGCCAAAGGAACAUGGAUAUUCCCAAACUACAUUAGUAUUUCAUAUGCAUCCCUGCUCAUGGUCACAAAAGGUAUAUCAGGACAAAACCUUAACGUGCAGCAUGAGACCAGCCUGACCGCCCACCUGAGGACUCUUGAGAGCCUCUCCAUUCAUGGUGCUCUGUUUUUCUGAAGUUGCUGUUGGAUUUCAUGCGGGGCAAAUUUAAAAAAAGGGUCUGACACAAUCUCUGCAAUUCCACAACCACAAACACAAGAAAGAAAUUACACAAGAGCCAAUUCAGCUUUCAGUGGACAAGGACUGACUGCAGGGACAAAACAACCAAAUAAACAAAGAUAAAGAAUAAAGAAAAGAAGCAACCGGAGAAGCAGAAACUCAUGGGCAAAUCAGCUGUGGUAACCAAGUGCUUUGACAGCCAAACCUCACUGAGCCUUUAUUUGAUACCAAACUGACACCCUUCACUGACCAAAGAUUUUAGGUUAUACAAAGCAAAGUUCCAAUCCAACAUCACUAAAGGCUUUUGUUUCACUAGCUCUUGCCUAUCCAAGUCUUUUAUGAAUACGUACGGGUAUGCUCUACUGUGCAGGUUGCCUCGUCAUUUUUCAGUCCGUAGGAAUUCGGUCACUACCGUGCAGGAGCUUGUCUUUAUUAAAUUUACACUUAGUUCAGAUUUCACUUUCACUUACAUUGGUACACAUCCACUGAUCUUAUAAUAUGCUUAGAAAACUGUUGUGCAAUGUGUUUUAAGUUUUAGAAUGACUGAUACCUGAAAACCUCUAUGGGAAAAAGCACUCAUGUUAUAGUCCCACCUCAGAGGACAAGCACUUCCUGUGUCUGCGAGACUGAACUGAGCGGUUGAUUGGUCUGUGAGACUGUCACUCAUCAGAAUCUGAGGUAUUUUGCUUUCAAUAGAGGGAAGACGUGGAACCACUCGAUGCAGUAUGUUGUUAAACUUUUUGUCCUCUGUUCAUACAUCUGUAUCAAAGAUCUGUUUUUAUGCAGAGCGAACCUAUACUACACCUCAAGCCAGGAUUUUUUGUUAGUUUGGGGUCAAAUUAUUUAUAUUGUUAACAGUAAUUUUAUGUUGAAUAGAACAACUUAUUCAGGGCUUUGGCAUUAUUUUUAGGUAGCUCUGAAAAGUAAAGUGACUGAAAAAUAAAUCAGGAUACAAGUGGAAUUGCAACUGAGUUUGAGACUACAUUUUCAGUAGUUUUUAUAAUUUAGACUCAGCUAUUAUUUUUGAAAAAUUCCACCACUGGAUACACAAGGCAAAGAAUCAGCAUCCUGAUAUUCUAUCCUGAUGUUGUGACUGAAUCAGCCGUAUUCUCUAAAUUUGUAAUUAGCUACCAUUUAUUUAGCAUUUGAAAUUUAAAUAUAUUUAAGCAUUAAAUUGUACUUCUAUUUUCAAGGUUUUCCUCUUUUUUUAAGAACAAGACAAAGUCUGAAAUAAAAGACGUUCUCUAUU